AUGGAACUUCAAAAGGAUUUCAUUUUCAUAUUCGACCUGGGAUGCCACCAGUCUGGUUCCAUGGUCCGCUUCCUCCGCGGGCUGGGAAUCACCUGCGAGCUCUUCCCCAUUGAAAAGGCCAUAGAAACCCUUUCCGCACGCUUGCCUGGAGGUGUCAUACUCAGCGGAGGCUCAGAAAGUGUCAGCGACCCCGAAUCCUUGAAGGUCGAUGCCCAAAUUAUUGAGCUGUGUGUUGCCAAAAAGGUCCCCGUCAUCGCCCUGGCGCAUGCCAUGUACGCGAUGUGCGUUGCCCUCGGAGGUAACGUACGCCAUCUGGGACCCCAGGAGACUGAGUACAAGCGGGAGAAGGUCACUGUAGACGCCAGUGUAGACAGCAUCCUGGCGGGCAGCAACGGCUUCGUAGCGCACGGCUGCCACCUUGACGAAAUCGAGGCUGUUCCAUCUGGUUUCAGCGUCUCGAUGAAGGACGGAGAGGGACAGAUCGCUGGUCUGUUCAACCCCGCCACCGGUGUCAGGGGUUUCUGCUUCCACCCUCAGGACGUUGAGGGCAACGAAGCCAGCCACAUCAUGGAGAAGUUCUGCUACGAUGUCUGCAGGUGCGCUAAGACCUGGGACAUGGAGCGCUAUCACGAGCAAACUAAGAAGGAUGUUAUCAAACAGUGCGGUGGUGACAAGUUCGUUGUUGCUGGACUCUCCGGUGGUGUUGACAGCACUGUGUGCGCAGCCAUUGUCCACGAGGCCAUCCGCGAGAGGUUCCACGGUAUCAUGAUCAACACCGGUUUGAUGAGGUACCAGGAGACUCAAAAGUGCUACGACAGGCUGAAGGCUGAGAUCCCUGGCAUCCAGCUCACCAUCCGUGACUCGUCGUCCGUGUUCUUCAGGGAGCUCAAGGGCGUAGUUGACCCCGAGCAGAAACGUAAGGUUAUUGGCAGAGUGUACAUCGAGGAGUUCGAGAGGGCCAUGAACGAACUCGGCUUCAACCACAACAACUGCCUCCUGCUGCAGGGAACCAUCUACCCCGAUAUCCUUGAAUCCGAACUUAACAGGAGGAGCAAGUUGCCCGUUAAAUCACACCACAACGUUGGCGGUCUUCCCGAAAACCUGAAAUUCGAACUCAUCGAGCCCGUGCGUUUGCUCUUUAAGCAAGAAGUCAGGGAUCUCGGUAAGCUCCUCGGCCUCUCAGAGGCUACCUUCAAGAGGCACCCCUUCCCUGGACCAGGUCUUGGUGCACGUGUUCUCGGCGAAUUGGUCCCGGAGCACGUCGAGAUUGCCAGGCAAGCCGACAGGUACAUGUUUGAGGAACUUGAGGCCAGGGGACUCGUCGACAAGGUGUCGCAGUGCGCAUGUGUCCUUCUCCCCAACACCCGUUGCACUGGUCUGAGGAACUCUGCCAGGGUCUACGGAAUGGUCGUUGUUGUCCGCAUCAUCAUGACUGUCGACUUCGUCACUGCGCAGUUCGCCAGGCACAUCGACAUGGAAUGCCUCGCUGCCAUCUCACGCAGAAUCACUGACAACAUCCCGCAAGUCAGCAGGGUGUGCUACGACAUUACCGACAAGCCCCCAGCCACGAUUGAGUGGGAGUAA